AUGGAUAUGAAUAUCAUUGCCAACGCCAAUGCCAAUGCCCACGCGAGGCUGCCGGCGUGUGAACCAUGCCGCAAGUCCAAGCUGGCCUGCGAUCAUCGGCUCCCGUCGUGCACUCGGUGCGAGCGUUCGGGCAAAGGCGAGGGCUGCACAUACCGCCAGGACCCGUUCAAGCGGCGGCGGACCAACAACGACAGACUGUCCCCUCGUGAAUCAAUAUCUCCGCUCUCCGACUUACCCACGUCCACUUCCACACCCCCGGCCCCGAAUGCCUCAUACCCAAACCCAGGUUAUCUGGGGUACUCAAGCCACAGGUCAAUAUUCCUCCAGAUCUCGCCGGAUGAAACUAUAGGCACAUCGACCGAGCACGUUGCCGCUCAGACGGGGGUCGUCGAUUCCCACAGGCCACACCACAACACCGCCACCCUCGCCAAGCAGGGCGCUGAGAUCCUUGAACGGGCCCUGACGACCUUUGACGGAAAUGAGCUCAAGGCUCUGAUUCAUUUUUGGACAGCUAGAGGCAUUAGUCUGGCCUUAGCAGAGCCCUUUGUGGGCUCAUGUUGCGAAGCGUUCGUGAGCCUAGGUGCCCAAACUUCAGCCACCCCCCAAUGGUUCAUGGAGCAGUCUCGGGCUUUAUUGGCCAACUCUAUGAGGCUAUUGGACCUGCGCCCAAGGAUGAGUGCGGCCGACUUCAUUUUCCAGACGUCUGGCGAGCAACUCCGAUGGGAGUCCCUCGGCAUUUUCUUCACGGCCGUCGUGAGAGCUACCUUUGAUGUUCCAUUCUUCCCCACACUCUACAAGGACGAUGAAGAGAGGUCCGCUCUGCGUAAGUUUGCCGCCAGACUCAGCGACGACCUGUUGGACUUGGCCCUGUCUCUGGAUUGCCUUAAUGAUUUUCAGAUUGUUUUGCAGUAUGAGAACUUCAUUAUACAUUCUCACGUAAAUGGGGACCAUAGCUACCAAUCUUGGCGAAAACUGGGCGACGUGAUCGCGUCUAUCUACGCGCUUGGUUAUCAUCAAAAAAUCGAUACAGGAAUGGACGACUUUGCGUUUCUGUCUGAACUCAGGAAGACUGUCUUGGCGCGUAUGUAUUCUGCCGACAAGAACGUGGCAAUAUUCCUUGGGCGUCCGCCCCGCAUGACGAAGAGAUUCUGCGUGUUCCAGACGCCCUUGUCUACAAGCUCCCUGGACCCAACCGGCCAGCAGGAGCUGGACAUGUACACGUGGCCCCCGAAUGUCGCGCCCAGCUACCGAGCCGAAACACGGUGGUCAGCGCUCUGCGCGUUUCAAAAAGAAGAGAUCUUGGAGCUCUUGUCGGUUAAGAAGACUGAUAAUGUUACACGUAAAGCCAAACUGACUGGCCCUCUCAAGGACGCAAAUGGCGAUGCCUUUAAAAAGGACUUUCUAGCUAGCCUCCGGUUAAAUUAUCUGCAUGUGCUCUUCAUGCUACGGCUUGCCUGCCAAGAUUUAUUGGUUGAGCCAGGUGAUGCUAUUGUUGAUAUUGCUGAGGAUAUGCUUGGUCUCGUCACUGAUGCCAUCAUCCUCCGGGACAAACUGGCAAACUCUGGAACUGGACUUGCAUGGAAGGUCACCUACUAUGGACUACCUGCAACAGGUGUUAUUCUCCUCCAACUACUCAGACGUCGGCGUCACCAAGAUAUUCAGAGUACAAUCAAACCGGCCGUCUUGCGCAACUUGCAAGUGUUCGUGGCCGAGGUGGAGAACGGCGCAGUUGUGCAAAACAAGGAAGCCAAUUUUGCACUUUUGUCGCAGGCAGUGCAAACCGUAAAGAUUUUCCUAGACUCCCUCACAUGGUCUUCGACGCGGCAGGGUCCUGUCAAUGACGGAGACUUUGGGUACGAGCCCGGUCCCACGCAAGACCUCGGAUCAACCAUGGUCAGUAGCGUGUUCAAAAGUCGCCGGCGUGGGGAUUUCGAUUUCAUCCUAGAUUAUCGGACAAGGUGGAACGACAAUGACAUGUACAAUCACAUGAAUAACACCGUCUACAAUGCCUUGUUCGACUCCGUUAUCAAUGCAUAUUUGAUCCAAGAAUGCGGCCUAGACCCUGCCACCUCCCCACAGUAUGCGCUCGUUGCGAGCUCCCACACGGAUUUCUUAUCAUCCAUCGCCUAUCCAGUUGUGGCAGAACUGGCAUUGAGGGUGGACAGACUUGGCAAGUCGAGCGUCUCAUACGAGGUGGCCAUAUUCGAGCGCCACCAGGAAGAUGUCAAAGCCGUCGGCCGGUUCGUACAUGUGUUUGUGGAUCGUGCAACGGGGAAGCCUCGCCCCUCGGGGAUGCCAGACCAGGUGAGAAAGGGACUGGAACGGAUCCUCUCCGAAGCUGCCGCGAGUCAAGGCGGCGUAAGUAAGCUCUAG